AUGUCUGCUUUACCUCGAGAGGAUCCUCCGCCACCCUUAUAUCUAGUCAACUUUGAGGAAUACCUAAGACCUAAAAAACCAAUCAACUGCCAGCCUCUUCAGCGUUUCGACAGACCAGUUGGUAAAACCUCGAAUCUAAGCCAGAGUUUGAAGCGAUUAAAGCUGAUCAGAUGGUAUGUCACCCUCUCAAAGCGCUUUAAGCAGCUGCCAUUGCCCAGAUUCCUUGGAUUCCUGCGAGCCCGUAACGAUGAUGGCCUAUGUAAGCGGAAAACGGGCUUUGAAAUCUAUUGCGAGAUGGCCAGCAUACACGGCUUUCACAUUUUUGUGGGCGCCAAAACCUGGCAGCGAAUUCUCUGGUGGCUGCUCAUUUGCACCGCAGUGCUGCUAUCACUAAUCCUGGUAACCAUGUCCCUUUCGAUGUCGAAGGAAACCAUACGCUUUAUAGACACCAUGAUGAAGCCCUCGGCGGAAGUUCCAUUUCCUGGAGUCACCAUUUGCGGUUUUAGUUCAAAACAGCUGACCAUAAAAAAUCUAAGUUGGACUGAAAUCCUGGAAGAUCUUGCCUUCCCCAUUUGUCCACAUAUAACAGGUUGUCAGUGGGAUAAUCCAGGAGAAGACUGCCUAGAGAAAAUGCAGCCCAUUUGGACUUUUGACCAGCGCCUGUGUUGCAGCUUUAAUCAGCAGCUUUUCAGCACUCAUUUGGGGCUAAGUUUGGUUUUUGAACCUAGUGAUGAGGACCUCGAAGGGUCAACACUGGCUGGCUUGGAGGUGCUUAUACAUGAGUCCCAUGAGAUACCCAAUGAGUCUACUCCUAGGUUACUGGUGCCAAGUGGAUCGGAGGCUCAUAUAAUGCUCAGACCUUUUGUCAACCUAUUCACCACAAAUCUGGAAAGUCUAUCGCUGCAGAAAAGAGGCUGCUACUUCCCAAAAGAAUACCCCUUGAUCUCAUCCUAUAAAUACAAUCAAAUCAACUGCCUAGCAGAGUGCCGCAGUAAAAAUAUCUAUGAAUCUUGUGCCUGCGUUCCACCAAAAUCCCCUCGACAAAAAAGUUGGAAAAUCUGUGACCUCAAACAAAUGCAGUGUGCAAUGGAUUUUAAUCACGAUGAGAUCAUCAAAGGAGAACAAAAGAACUGCGGAUGCCUUCCGCCAUGUGAAUUCAAUCGCUAUGAAUUCCAGGGUGAUAUAAGACUAAUAAAGGGAAUGACUAACAAUAAUAAGGAAAACUCAAGGUAUUCAAUGACCACGAAGGAGGUCCGUCUGCGUGUCUACUACGAUUCACCAAUGGCUGAGGAACUGCUUUUUGACGUCUACGAAAACUGGCUAACAUUCAUAGGAACCUUUGGCGGCAUAACCGGACUAUUUAUGGGCUGCAGUUUUGUAUCCGUCUUCGAGCUGAUUUUCUUUGCUUGUGUGCGACCCACAUGCAACUGGCUGACCAGACAACAGAUACUUUGGCGCCGUCGAAGGGCUCAGAGGGUGGGGAACACCGGAGGUCAUUAG